AUGGGGCAGGCGAAUUCCACGUUCGAAAGGCCACACUCGCCCCCCACCUCGCCCGUCGGCCGCUACAACUUCCCUCCGCCGCUCUUUCCGCCCUCCCCUUCCGCCGCGCUCCCCUCCCCGCGCCUGACCACUCCGCGCGCGUGGCAUCCGGACGUCGUGCGCGCGGUCUUCUCCGACAGCGACUGCGUGCACGACGCCGUGUCGGGCCUCUUAACUCAGUACGUCGAGAAAAUAGUAGGCGCCACGGAUGCCAACUACCGCGAUCCGGACUCCAUAGAAGCCAUCUUCCUUGGCGCUCCCGCUACCGCUGGCGGCGGAAGCGGCGAAGGCGGCCGCGAUGGCGGCGGAGGAGGCGGCGGCGGCGCCCACCAGGCGCAUUCCGCGACCGCGGCGGAUGCGCCAGAACUCCCCGGACGACGUUCGUCCCCCUCCUCCCCCACUAAUGGGGAACUUUCCGCCAAAUCUGCAGUAGCUGCAGCUGGGGGGGAAGGGGUUCCUACAGCCGCCGCAGCCGCUGCAAAUGCGUCACGCGCAGUUGCGAGUGAAUCCGUCGCGUCUCAGCCGGCGCUGCAUCCGCUGAAGCGGCUGUCCAGCCGGCGGCUCGUGGCGGCGCCCGUGGCGCGCGCGCGGGAGGCGGCGACGCGCGAGGCGCUGGAGCAGCUGGAAGGCGCGAUGCGGCAGCUGGCGCGCGCCGAGUACGACUGGCUGGUGAGCAAGAUCGCGGAAGCUUCUACGAUGGCGGCGGGGAAUAAGGAGGUGAGCAGCGCAAAUAACGUCGCGGGGGGCGGAGGGGGAGGCGCUGGGGGAGCGGGCGGAAGAAGCGGGCGGAGCAUUGCGGGGAUCGGGAGUAUUAGUCAACGGUUUACCCGAAGCACCAGCACUAGGCGCUGUCGCACAGGCACGUGGGCAGCAGCCAAUCAGAGGCGCGCGCUAAGCCUGGGCGAAAGUCGCACAGCAUCGCAGGGGCAUUUGGGGCUGGAGGCUGCGAAAGUGGAGGAAGUGUUCGUGGUGGGGCUGGCGAUGUGGGUCGAAUUCUGGAAGCAAUGGGCCAAACCUGCCAGCCACGGCGCCGAAGCUGCAGCCUCGGCGCUAGGCUCGGGAUUAGGCUCGGCGGGGCAGGGGGGGAAGCUGGGGAGGGGGGCCGGGCAGUGGGGGCGGAAGGGCGCGGAAGGGGGGCUGCGGAGUCUGAAGAAGCGGAGGGAGAGGAUGAGGCGGAAAGAAGGGGGGAAAGGGGGAGGUGCGGGGAAGGAUGGGGGAGUUUUGGGCAAAGAGGGGAAGGAGAGGGUUCUAGGGGGUAAUUCCCGGCAGCUACAGCGCGAGCGGCAGCAGCGGGGGGGGGCGUGUGGCGUGCACGUGGCAGAGGUAGAGGGCGACCUGCGGGCGGAGGCCGGGCGGCAACUGCAGGAGCAGCUUUUGGCGGAUCUGCUGGAUGGGCGGCAGGGCGCUCUGGGCGCCAAGCAGGGCGCAUGGGGGGAGGUGUUAUCUGGGGGCGGUGGUGCUGGUAGGGGCGGUGUUGGUGGGAGUGGUGGUGGGGGUGCGUUUGGGUUCCGAAGCAGCAGCGUCGGCAGCAGCACCGGAGGGAGCUUCAGCAGGAGCAGCAGCUUCGGUGGAGGCGCGGGCAACAGCUUCGGGAACAGCCUCGGGGUUGGGUUUGGGAAUAGCCUCAGCAGCGGGUUUGGUGGCUACAGUAGCAUGGGGGAGGUGGGGAUAGGCAGCGGGCUCGGCUGUAGCAGCUACAACCCUUCAGUUGACAUCCUGAAACGGCUCAGAAGUAGCUCCUUCUCCUACUCCCACUCCCACCCCCUCUCCCACCCUCACUCCUUCCCUCACUCCUCCUCUCACUCCGCCCACCACUCGGCCAGCAGCAGUCCUGCAGGUACCCCCACUCCCUCCCCUCCUCCCCCGCCCCCUCCGCUGCAACACACUGAUGUGGUGCGGGUGCUGGGGUUGGCAGCAGCAGCGUCUAAUUGGAUGGAAGGUUAUGGACUGGAGGGGUACGGAAUGGGGGGGUAUGGGGGAGUGGCGACGCCUACAGGGAGUGUGACAGUGAUAAAGGGGUUCCGGGACGACGAGGAGAGUGCAGCAGGGAGUGUGUCAGGGGGCAAGGGCACGAGAAGCAGCACAGGGGGUGGCGGCAGCAGCAGUACCUCACCACUGCUCAAUGGAGUCAACCCGGCUCUCUUCCAGCGCCAGCCUUCCUGGGCCUCCGGCAAGCCUGCUGCUGCCACUGCCACUGCUGCUGGUGCCCGUUCCUCGCUGUACCGUCAGCCGUCCUGGGGUGGCGGUGGGGGAGACAGUGCGUUGUUUCAGCGCCAGCCGUCGUGGCAGGGGGGUGCGUCGCCUUUCCAGCGGCAGCCGUCCAUUGGCUUCCGCAACAAGAUCGGUGCCUUGUUCCUGGGGGACGAGCGGGGGGCAGGAGGGGACGGUGCGGAGGAGGAGGGCGGCAUGGGAGAUCCGUCGAGGCUGUGGAGGAGGCACGGGACGAUAGGCUCGGGUGUGGGUCGGGCAGGAAGCAUGUCCAUCUCUAAUGCUCCUGCUCCCAUGCGCCGCGCCACUGCUGGUGCCGCCACUGGUGCUGGUGGUGCUGGAGGGGAGUUAGCAUCCUCUGCAUCUGUCUCUGCUGCAGGGUUCUUUGGUCCCACGCGACUCACAGAGCUGGCAGAGCUAGCACUCGUGCGAUCCAUUCUCCACGCCCCUCCCAGCACCACGGCUGGCAGGACCAGCCUAGCUCCCACCCCUCCCAACACCUCUCCCCAUGGUCCUUCCAACGCCCCUACCAACGCCCCCACCACCAACCAGUCCACUUCCUACUCACACCGUCUUCGCCAGCUGGACUCGCUUCUCACCACGCACGCGCUCGGCCCCGGGAUUCUCGCCCUCGUUUUGGCCGGGGAAGUUGCGGAACUACCCCAUUUGACCCAGGAGGACCUGUGGCUUUUAGCCGAUAGAGCAGACGAGAUGGGGUGUAUGGAGGCGGCUAUAAGAAUCUCUCUUAGGGCCGCCGCUGUCGCUUAUGAUGAUUUGGAUACUGUAGCGGAUACGGUCCGGGCGGCGAUGGUGCCUAAUGGGACGGAGCCCGUGCCGCAGCGGAUCCACCGGCUGCUCGGGGCGGCGCAUUUCGGACUGACGCACGCACCGUCGGGCGGCGUGCGGUGGCAUGCUGCUGCUGAGGCGAGGAGCAGAGCGCUGGGGUGUGGCAGGGAGUGGGGUGGCAUAGGCGGGGGAAGAGGAGGGACAGGAAUGGGAGUGGGAGGGGGCUUGGGGUCUGGAGGAGCAGCAGGAGGAGGAGUACUAAGAGCAGGAGGAGAGGCAGCAGCAGGGGGGACAGCAACAGCGGUAGGAGCAGGGGAAGCAGGGGGAGCAGCGAGGAGGGGAGUGAGUUACCCGUGGGCAUACGAGCUGGCAAACGGGUUUCUGCAGCUGAGUCGCGUGUUCGGGGCACCACCGUCUCGCGAGGAGCAGGAGCGCGCGGGCGAGAUGAGCGCCCUGUGCGCGCGGUUCGUGCUCAGACUGGCCAUUGAGCCGCUGCUGGUGGUGGAAGAACAGGGGGAGGAGGAGGGGGAUGGGGAGGAGAAAAAGGAGGAGAAAGGGGAGGAGAAAGGGGAGGAGAAAGGGGAGGAGAAAGGGGAGGAGGGGGUGGAGAGGGGAGGGACCGAGGGGGAAGGGGGAGAGGGGAAAGGGGCCGAGGGGGAACGAAUGGAGGUGGAAGGGGAAGGGGAGGGGGAGGGGGAUGGGGAAGGGGAAAGGGACGGGGAUGGGGAGGGGAAGGAGGAGAAAGGGGCGGACGGGGAGGAGGGGAAAGCGAACGGAACAGAAGGGAAGGGGGACGAAGAGAAAGGGGAGGAGGGGAGGAAGGGGGAGGUUGAGCGGGACAGCGAGAGGGAGACAGGUAGAGAGGAAGAGGGGAAUGAAAGCGACGGUGACGGCGAGAACGUGAUCAUCUAUGCCGGGCAGUACUAUGGGAGCAGUGCGGUAAAGCGCGAUGGGAAGAGUGUGCGGCCGUUCCGCAGCAAGAGUGUGCAAUCGGGUGAUGGCAGCAAGAGUGUGCGGCAGUGCGAUGGCAGCCGGGCAGGAGAGACCGGGGAGAUGUUUGAGCUUGAGCCGACUCAUAGGUCGUUCCGCAGCAAGAGUAUGAGAUUGGGCGAUGGGGGAAGCAGGGCAGAAGAGACGGGCGAGGGGCGGGCGAUUGCGAGCUUCUUCACAACCAAGGAAAGCGCUCUCAAGGCGGUGCUGGAGCGAGGGAGUGAGGAUGAAGGCGGUGUGGAGGAGGAGGGUGUGAAGGAGGUUCGGGAAGGACAGGGGGCUGUGGAUGCAGGGGCUGUGGGUGCAGGGGCUGAAGGAAGAGGGGGAUGUGAAGAGGGGGUGAAGGAAGGAGGUGCAGAUGGGGCUUUGCAUGGGCAGCGAGCGGUGAGUGCGCCGCGGGCUCUGAAUGCGGUGAGUGCGCCGGGGGCUCUGCAUGCGGUUUUGGAAGGAGAGGAGGCGGGCAGUAGGGUUGACAAGAAGAGUGAGGAGGGGAGUGAGGGGGAGAGGAUUUAUGGAGAGGUGUGCGAGGAGGGGAGUGAGGAGGAGGGGGAGGAAAAGCAAGAUGAGGAGGAGGAAGAGGAGGAGGAGGAGCAAGGCGAGGCGAGCUUCUCAUUCGCUAAAACCUCCACCAUACAUUCACGCGAAUCCUCCUCUCCCCAACAACCACUGCCGUCCCUCCCGCCCUUCACCAUUUUCCCAAAAUCCUCCUCGUCCUCCUCUUCAGCCUCUACCACUCGCACCUCCACCUCUCUCGCCUCUUCCACCGCUACUGCCACCACGUCCACCUCAUCCCGCCCUCCACCUUUCUCCCUGCACACCCAAAACGGCCGCAUCACUCCCCGACCCUCCCCGCUAGGCUCGGCAGUGGCAGAAGGCCCGGACGGCCUGCCGGCCGAGGCUGAUCGGGAGGCUCGGCAGCGGCAGGUUCGGGAGGCGGCGCUGGUUCGGUGGGCGGCGGAAGUGAGUUUCCCAGGAGUGGAGGUGGGGUGGGCGCAGUGGAAGGCGGUGGGAGGGCUGCUGGAGAGGGAAAGCGCACUGGCACAUACGGCUCUGCCUGUCAUGUGGGGGAAGGCAGUCAAAGGGACGUUCAAGAAGCAGAGCGCGUUGGCUCACAAGGCUCUGCCUGUCAUGUGGGGGAAAGCGGUCAAAGGGACGUUCAAGGCAUUGACAGGGAACCAUUCCAGAGCAGCAGGUGCUAGAGGUGCUCGACUGGGGGCUGGAGACACGCGGGCUCUUGAGAACACGCUGGCUCUUGAGAACACGCUGGCUCUUGAGAACACGCGGGCUCUUGAGAACACGCUGGCUCUUGAGAACACGCUGGCUCUUGAGAACACGCUGGCUCUUGAGAACACGCUGGCUCUUGAGAACUCUCAGAAACCAACUUCCCACAGUGACACCAUUUUUCAUACUCACCUCUCGCUGACCCCCUCACAAUCCUUAUCCUCUCUUUCCCUUCUCUCCCUCUCCGCUUUCUCCCCCGCCCUUCUCUCCUUGUCACCACUGCAGGCAGUGACGCCAGAAGGGGCCAUACCAGAGCAGCAGGUGCCAGCGCCAUCCCCCCCACAAUCCGUCUUCUCCCUCUCCGUCAUUUCCCUCCCACCCCCACAGGCAGUGACGCCAGACGGGGCCAUCCCAGAGCAGCAGGUGUUAGAGGUGUUCGACUGGGGGCUGGAAGGGCUGCUCAUCACGCUCACCACCCUCACAUCAUUCCUGUCUCCCUUCCUCCACCCCUCUCUCUCCUCUUACAGGCAGUGA